UCUAAGGAGAUGGCAGAAAUGGUGGAAGAGAAAAGUUGUGCAAAAGGACAAAAAGAGAAGCCAGAAGAAGCUAAUCCUCGAAAAGGAAUUUGCCCUCCUAAGAAAAAAUCCCCGAAAAUAUGUGGUACCAAUUACCCUCUCAGCAUCGCCUUCAUUGUGGUGAAUGAGUUUUGUGAGCGCUUCUCCUACUAUGGCAUGAAAGCGGUUCUGACUUUGUACUUUCUCUACUUCCUCCACUGGGAUGAGACUACAUCUACUUCGGUGUACCAUGCCUUCUCCAGUUUGUGUUACUUUACACCUGUCAUUGGUGCUCUCAUUGCUGACUCUUGGCUGGGAAAAUACAAAACAAUCAUUUAUCUCUCCAUUGUUUAUGUUAUUGGGCACAUGAUCAAGUCAGUUGGGGCAAUACCAAGUGUGGGAAACCAGAUCGUUCAUGUGGCCCUUUCAAUGACUGGCCUGUCUCUGAUUGCUCUGGGAACAGGAGGCAUCAAGCCCUGCGUGGCAGCCUUUGGUGGAGACCAGUUUGAAGAGGAGCAUGCCCAGGAAAGGAGCAAGUUCUUCUCUGUCUUCUACCUGUCCAUUAAUGCUGGAAGUUUGAUCUCCACAUUCAUUACUCCUGUGCUGAGAGGGGAUGUGAAGUGCUUUGGAGGAGACUGUUAUGCACUUGCGUUUGGUGUUCCUGCCGCACUUAUGGUCAUAGCUCUUGUGGUGUUUAUUGCUGGAAAUGGAAUAUACAAAAAGAGUCCCCCACAAGGAAAUAUCUUACUUGAAGUUUGCAAAUGCAUUGGGUUUGCUUUUACAAACCGGAUAAGGAAUCGUUCCCAGCAGAUACCUAAAAGAGAGCACUGGCUGGACUGGGCAUCAGAAAAAUACUCAAACCAGCUGAUCACAGAAGUUAAAAUGGUGACACGGGUCUUGUUUCUUUUUAUCCCGCUGCCAAUGUUCUGGGCUCUAUUUGAUCAACAGGGUUCUAGAUGGACGCUUCAGGCUACUAAGAUGAAUGCUGACUUCAGCGGAUAUGUCCUUCAACCUGACCAAAUGCAGUUCUUAAAUCCUCUCUUGAUCCUUGUGUUCAUUCCAGUGUUUGACUUUGGGCUCUACCCCUUAGUAAACCUGUGCAAAUUUAAUUUCACGCCCAUUAAAAAGAUGGCAACCGGCAUGAUCCUUGCGGGCUUGGCAUUCGCAGCUGCAGCUGUUGUAGAACUCAAGAUAGAGGAAAAUGCGAUGCCAGUGCCAGCUCCCAGAGAAAGUUACAUUCAGGUCCUAAAUUUGGCCGACAGCAAUAUAGAAGUGGCAAUCCAAGAUUAUGACUUAUCAUGGCAGCCCAUCAAACCUUUCCAGGACCCUACUGAAUACUCCAAAUUAAUUCUGAGUAGUGACCAACAAAUCCUUCAUUUUAAGAUACAGUACCAAGGAUCGACUUCCACAUUUAGUCAUACUGUCCAGGAAAAGUCUGUGAAUAGCUUAGUGGUCUACAAGGUAAAAGGAAGCCUAGCAAGCCAUCUGAUUAAAGACAUGGAUACAAAGCCAUCAGAAGGAAUGACAGCCGUGAGAUUUAUUAAUACUUUGGACCUGGAUGUCAACAUCACUCUUGUCAGUGAGGAAUUUGUCAGUGUUAACAAAAGUUAUGGUGUUUCAGACUACAGGUUCCUCUCAAGGGGAAGGUACAACAAUGCAAAAUGCCAAACAGGAGCAGAGGAAUCCACCUUGCACCUGGGCCUCCUUGAUUUUGGAGCUUCAUACACAGUCAUCAUAACAAAUACUUCUACAAAGAACCUGCAGACAUGGAAGAUGGAAGACAUCCCUGCCAAUAACGUCCACAUUUCAUGGCAAAUUCCUCAAUACAUGUUAAUAUCAGCUGGGGAAGUGGUGUUCUCCAUUACAGGCCUUGCCUUCUCUUACUCUCAGGCUCCUGCCAGCAUGAAGUCUGUGCUACAAGCAGGCUGGCUAUUAACGGUGGCCUUUGGAAAUGUUAUUGUGCUCAUCGUUGCCCAGGCUGCACCUAUGGAACAGUGGGCUGAGUUCACCCUCUUUGCUGCACUCCUCUUUGUUGUGUGUGUCAUCUUCUCCAUCAUGGGAUAUUUCUACACAAGUGUGAACCCAGAAGAACUCUUUGCCAAGCAGAAUGAAGAAGAGACAUCAAACAGUAACAUUAACCUAAUUAUCAAGAAGACAGAGCUAUAAGAUAGUGGUGGACAAAGGACUUUAACAAGUUGUCAAGAAAGUGGUAUCUAACAACAUAUGCUCUGCGUAAAGGGCAAAAUAAGCUCCUGUCCCCAGAAAAUCAGCUGGAUAAACCUUUACAAAGUCCUGGGAACUGCAGUAUUAAAACUG